AGGCGGGCGGGGGUCAGCGCCGCGGCCCGGGGCGUGAUGUCGGCCAAGCGGAAAGCGGAGGCGCUGAUCCCGGCGGAGGAGAGCGAUCAGUUGCUCAUCCGGCCCCUAGGUGCUGGCCAAGAAGUAGGAAGGUCAUGCAUUAUUCUGGAGUUUAAAGGAAGAAAAAUAAUGCUUGACUGUGGAAUCCAUCCUGGACUGGAAGGAAUGGAUGCUCUUCCUUACAUUGAUUUGAUAGAUCCCGCUGAGAUUGAUCUCCUCCUAAUUAGCCAUUUCCAUUUAGAUCACUGUGGGGCUUUACCAUGGUUUUUACAGAAAACAAGUUUUAAAGGAAGGACAUUUAUGACUCAUGCCACAAAAGCUAUUUACAGAUGGCUUCUCUCAGACUAUGUCAAAGUCAGGUAAGCUGAGCUGUGGGUUGUCUCUUUUAACUCGGGAAUUAUCUCAGCUGUAUAUCUAACAGGAAACUGAAGAUGAAGCCACCAGAGGUGGCUGGAUGAACCUGGAUGUUGCUGCAAGUAGAACAUGAUAACUAGUAAUAUAUCAGCGGAUGACAUGCUAUAUACAGAAACAGACCUUGAAGAAAGCAUGGACAAGAUUGAGACCAUCAACUUCCAUGAAGUGAAAGAGGUGGCAGGAAUCAAAUUCUGGUGUUACCACGCAGGCCACGUCCUGGGAGCAGCCAUGUUUAUGAUUGAAAUAGCGGGUGUGAAGCUUUUAUAUACAGGUGAUUUCUCAAGACAGGAGGACAGACAUCUGAUGGCAGCUGAGAUUCCCAAUAUUAAACCUGAUAUUCUUAUAAUUGAAUCCACGUAUGGUACUCACAUUCAUGAAAAAAGGGAAGAGCGAGAGGCAAGAUUCUGUAACACUGUUCAUGACAUUGUCAAUAGAGGAGGUAGAGGUCUUAUUCCUGUGUUUGCCCUGGGUCGAGCUCAAGAACUACUUUUAAUUUUAGAUGAAUACUGGCAGAAUCACCCUGAACUCCAUGAUAUCCCUAUAUACUAUGCCUCCUCCUUGGCAAAGAAAUGUAUGGCAGUUUAUCAGACAUAUGUCAAUGCCAUGAAUGACAAGAUCCGCAAGCAAAUUAACAUCAACAAUCCAUUUGUUUUCAAGCAUAUUAGUAAUCUGAAGAGUAUGGAUCAUUUUGAUGAUAUUGGCCCAAGCGUUGUGAUGGCAUCCCCAGGUAUGAUGCAGAGUGGCUUAUCCAGAGAGUUGUUUGAAAGCUGGUGCACAGAUAAGAGAAAUGGAGUAAUUAUAGCAGGGUACUGUGUUGAAGGAACACUCGCUAAGCACAUCAUGUCUGAACCUGAAGAGAUCACAACAAUGUCAGGGCAAAAGCUCCCACUGAAGAUGUCUGUGGACUACAUUUCUUUCUCUGCUCACACAGAUUAUCAACAAACCAGUGAAUUUAUCCGGGCCCUGAAACCUCCACAUGUGAUUUUAGUUCAUGGUGAGCAGAAUGAAAUGGCCAGAUUGAAAGCAGCACUGAUCCGGGAAUAUGAGGAUAAUGAUGAAGUUCACAUAGAAGUUCAUAAUCCUAGGAAUACUGAAGCUGUGACAUUAAACUUCAGAGGAGAAAAACUUGCCAAGGUGAUGGGAUCUUUAGCAGAUAAGAAACCAGAGCAAGGACAGAGAAUUUCUGGAAUCCUAGUUAAAAGAAAUUUUAACUAUCACAUCCUUUCUCCAUGUGACCUCUCCAAUUACACAGACUUGGCGAUGAGCACUGUAACGCAGACACAAGCCAUUCCAUACACAGGCCCUUUUAAUCUACUUUAUUAUCAGCUACAAAAACUUACCGGUGACGUAGAAGAAAUAGAAAUCCAACAAAAACCAGCCCUGAAGGUUUUCAAAAAUAUUACUGUGAUCCAGGAGCCGGGCAUGGUAGUCCUUGAGUGGGUGGCCAAUCCUGCUAAUGAUAUGUAUGCAGACACCGUGACAACAGUGAUACUGGAAGUGCAGUCAAAUCCCAAAAUACAGAAAGCUGCAGUACAUAAAAUUUCAAAGAAAGUAGACAUGGAUGUGUAUAGGAAGAGAAUGGAGAUCAUGCUUCAGGAUAUGUUUGGAGAAGACUGUGUGAGUUCAAAAGAUGGCUCUGUCCUGUGCAUCACCGUUGAUGGCAAGACUGCAAACAUUUCACUGGACACUCGGACAGUUGACUGUGAGCCAGGAAGUGAAGAUGAUGAAUCCCUCCGUGAAAUGGUGGAACUGGCUGCACAGAGGCUUUAUGAUGCCCUCAGCCCAGUAUACUGACCUUUGUAGAUACCUAGAACACAUUAAAAAAAAAAAAUCUUUUAAAUGUUCAAUUUAUUUGGACUAUUUUUUAAAAGUGAAUAAAUUUUUUUCUUCAGUAAGUCAAACGUAUCAAUUCUGUGACUGUGAAACUGCUGAGUUAUUUCAAGUAAUGGAUGAGCAACCUUAGAGCAACUAUAUUUGUGUAUAUAUUAUAGAUUAUAAUAAAACCAGGCAAAGUGUGCAUAUGUUCUUUUUUCUUAUGUGCACGUAUGAGAAAUAAAGAAAUUCUUAACCUA